GGAGGUUAUUCUGUCGCAGAUCGAGAUACAACAUGGCGGCGGUAGGUACAUUGAACGAUGAAGCCUUGAAGCGGAAAGAGCGACUCAAGGCUUUGCGAGAGAAACGCAAUGUACAAAAUGAUAAUACUGACCAAGACGAACCUGGAAAUUCCACAACAGAGAAAGAAAGACUCCCUAGACCAACUUUCCGGAGCUACAAGCCAGAGCAUGAUUCACUUAAGGAACAAGCAAAACCAGCAGCACAGGCAUCAGACAUUACCAUGUCAAUCAAGGACCAGCUGGAUGCAGGAAAGACGGACCAUGUUGUUUCUGAAGUGGACCUUGACAAGCUGGCUCCGAGGAAGCCAGAUUGGGAUCUGAAACGUGAUGUCAGCAAAAAACUAGAAAAGCUGGAGCGGCGGACACAGAGAGCCAUUGCAGAACUCAUACGUGAAAGGUUAAAGGCCAGCCAGGAAGACCUGGCCUCCAUGGUCAGUGUAGGAGCCGAACAGAACCGGAUGGAAGCUGGGGAUGAAGACUGAUGGACAAUGUGUGUGGUGUAUGUGUGUUUGUAUGUGUGGUGUGCAUGAGUUUGUACAUGUGAUGGGUGUGUGUUGUAUGUAUGGGGGUUGAGUUGUAUAUUUGUGGUGUGAGUUAUGUAUGUGUGGUGGGUGUGUUGUGUAUGUAUAGUGUGUGUAUCUGAUGUGUAGGUGGUGUGUGUGGGGGGAAUUUUUUUGUAUAAAUCCUUGUUAGAUUCUGAGAUAGAAAAAGAGGAGGUGGGGGGGAGGGAGUUAAAUGGAGGGAGGUAGACAUGCAGACAAUGAAAGAGAGAGACAUUGAGAUGUAAUGAAAUUAUGCUCCAUAUCUGGUGCAAGCGCUCAGCUGGUUACUAACUUGGCCCAUACUUGGAAGUUCAAAGUUUCAAUCUGAGCAUUUCCUGAUUUUUCUCCUUCAGAGGUAUAUUUCUUCUCAGGUGGUUGUCCUGAUCAGGAAUCAAAUAUUUCACCUUUGAAUUUGAAAUGCCAUUUUGUUGCACCUAAUAAUGACUUAACUCUGUCAGGAGCACAAAAUCUGUUUUUUAUAGUCGCCAAAAUAAUUUGUCAUGUCUGUUUGUCACAUCUUUUGUUGAGUUUAUAUCAUGUUGAAGUAUGAAGGGUUUGGACUUUGUUCAAAUUGGUAAUAAAAAAAAAAAAAUCCAGAUUGAGAUACAAAUGUACUAGAUCUAUAUCUGUGCCAUACUAGGAUGGUAUGGUGUGAAUAUUUUCUCAUUAGUUGAAUCUGUCAAAAGUCAGUUCAGCCCAGAUUCCUAUAGAUACAGCCUUCUGGUACAAGAUUUUUUCCAUUGAAACCACUGGAGUGUACUUGUCAAUUACACACAUUUGUGGUACAAAAAACAAGUCCAUAGGUAUGCAAGGGGCUGCCUUUGACUGGACAAUGAUUAUGUGUAAAGAUGACGAGGGUAUGUUGCUGAUUGUUUUGUAUGUGUUCAGGAGAGGUUUGUGUCUUAAGGCAGCAGCUGUGUUCUGUACUGACUAAUGUGUGAUUUUGUUGAUUUUUGCCAUGGUUAAAACAAAAUAAAUCAUUUGAUGCUCAA